GCAGGGCAGACGCGAGUCAAACACUAACACGAUCCGGAAAGCGAUGAUGAGGCGAUGAGUAAAACUACACAUCGAUGCGCCGUGCUGCGUUCAGGGCAUAUCUGUUAUUACGACCAGCAGAGCGGGAAAAACAAAACAAACAACAACAAAAAAACGUUAAAGGUCAGCCACAAAGUUGUGUCGUUGUCAAAUUAAAUUCAAGACCAACUUCCACAGUCGGCCGGUGUGAUUCUCUUUCUGCCGACGCGGAACUGAACGCAGCAUAUGGAACAACCUCACUACCUACGUCACGUUUUCCUGUCGAAGAUGGCGGCGACCUUGUGUGUAAAACUACUACCGAAACCAGGAUGGCUUCCCCUGACUCAGAGCGUCCGGCACGGCUCCAAGGCUGUGACCCGCCACAGGAAACCGUUACACAUCCUCAAACAGAAGCUCGUGGCUGUUACGAAGUACAUCCCCCCCGCCAGGGUCGUCCCCCCGGGCGCCUAUCCAUCCCAAACCAAACAAGUCCAGGAGGAUAGUGCUUUGAUGUUACUCAUGAAGAGGGAGUUGGAGAAGUUGUUCCAGGACUGUAAGAUGGUCGCCGUGGUCCAGAACAACGCCAGCAACGCUGCAGACAUGAUGAGUCUCAAGCACAGACUUUACAAACAUGGUGUCACUAUCAAGUUCUUCCCCAACCAGGUGGUGCGGUCGUUCCUGAAAGACAGUAUUUAUUGCAACAUGGCUCCUCUGUUCAUCGGUCCGACAGUUCUGUUUGUUAGUAAAGAGCCAAAGGUGAAGGAGAUGCUGACGAGUCUGAGGUCCAGCCCACAGAUGACUCUCCUGGGAGCCUGCGUAGACAACACGCUGCUGAGCGCAGAGGGGUUGGUGAACUACUCCAAACUGCCGUCAGUGACUGUCGUCCAGGGUCAGCUGGUCAGCGGGCUGGCGAUGCUGACCUCCCACACCGCCUCCAUGCUGCAGCGCCACCCGGCGCACCUGUCGGCCCUGCUCCGGCAGCACGUCAAACAGCAGAGCCCGGCUCCUGAGGCGGAGGAGGCCACGUAGAGCUUCAGAGGAAAUUACUGGGACUGUUUGCCUUGCAGAUUUGCGGCGGCCUGGAACGACGAGGGACUGCAGAGUUGGACGCACACUUUAUUUUUAAUUUAGUACCAAAGUUUUUUAGGAUUGGGAAGCAGUCUGCAAAAAUGACUUUGAAUGUUCGCUUGGUCUCAAGACACUUGAGUGGAGCAAUUCGACCGGCACUAAAUUCAACUAAAUCUUCCAUUGUGCGUCCGCCCAUAGGAGCAGCGUUCACUCGCUUUUGUGAAUGAAGGAUUCUGCAGACUUGACUGGUUUCAGUGCACCUCAGCCUCUUAAUGGAAGUCUUGGACACACAACGCUGCAAAAAUGCCAUUGUUGCCCAAAGCUAUUACUUCUAUCUAAGAGUGCUGUCACGUAUAAAUAAAUAAUAAUUUGUCAUCAA